AUGCACCGUAUCCAGCAUAGAUCACAGCUAUAUGUUCGAGGGAUCAUUUCCCAGCAGCACCUCACCCCAACCAGUGCUACGAAUCUGCAAAGACCGCCCCGAAGAACCCUAAUUGCGACCUCACCCCACCGCAGCUGGGAAGUCUCCCCGAACAUCGACACAACCACCUACUGGAACCACUACCUCCGCACACGUCCCACCUACCCAGCCUCCUUCUACAACCAAAUCUACGACUACCAUACCUCAGCCUCCCCCUCAUCCACAGCACCAACCUUCACCCUCGCCCACGACAUCGGCCCCGGCCCCGGCCACGUCGCGCACGCCCUCUCUCACCAAUUCCCCCACGUCAACGUCAGCGACAUCGACCCCCGCCACCUCACCUACGCCCAGCACCUCCACCACACCAAUUCCCCAAGCACAACCACAACAAAAUUCACCUACACCCUCACCCGCGCCGAGCACCUCGCCACUCACUUCCCCCGCGCCUCCGCCGACCUCAUCCUCGGCGCCCUCCUGUUUCCGCUCCUCCCCUCCCCCACCACCGCCCGCCACCGCCCUCCACGCCCUCCACCGUCCUCAAACCUUCAGGGGCCGCUGCUCGACGGGAUCGUGGACCGGCUGUACCAGUCCGUCAUCCGGCGGGCCACCGAGACGCAGCGCGCCAGCUACAAGCGCGAAGCGGAUGCCGCGGCUAGCUGGUUGGAUUCUCUGGCGUUUGCGGCGGGGGAGUGGCGGGCUGUGCGGCGGUAUACUUGGAAUCGCGGGUGGGCAAGGAUGGGGUUCUUCACGGGCCGGGCCGGGGGGUUUGUGGUUGAGCCGGUGAAACGCGUGCGGGCCGGGGAGGAGGUGGUGGUGGAGGUCGAGGAUCGGGGGCUGUGGCGGCGGGAUUGA